UUAGUUUUCCCUUUGGGAUAGAGAGAGACCGCCCUUGAUCACGUUCACCUUUUAAUUCCAAUUUCCAUCUGACCGUGAAGAGAUCAAGAAAGAGUAGUACUGAGGAAGCUGAUACUGUCUCAUGGAGUUCAGGCCUCGACAUUACAGUGCUGAACAGGAAGCCCAUUCUUUACCUCGCUCACGCGCCGAUCAUAAUCCUCUCUCCACUCCGUCUCCACCUUCAACUCCACAAAGCCAGGUGAUUGUUGCAAAUCAUGAAAAUAAUGAUUUCUUGGAUCCGCUGAGAGGAUGGUGUGCUAAUGUAGCGGUUUCUAAUGAGGAUUCGCCUGAUAUAGAUUAUGCUUCUGCUGCCACUUCCAGUGCCAGUCUCUCUAGUGGAACUGUUUCUGAAAUUCCAUCAAAGGAGUGGACCUCUUUUAAGAGAUUCUUAAUGCAAAAAUUUCCUGUGUCCAAAAUGAUUUCAGUUUCUUCUAUGUCCGAUGUGAUAAUAAAAAGUGGAAAGGCACUAGAUAAAUCUAAAAAGGGAACAUAUUCAGAGGAAAUGAAUGAUUCACAAAAAGAUCCUGAAGAUGAUGCCAAGGUCAUCACUCGGCAGGAGUAUGUCUCACAAAUGCAUGAGCUCAAACAUGAAAUCAUGCGUGCUUGGCAUGCUGAAGACCGUGUAACAGCUUUGAAAUUAUCUAUAAAGGUUGCUAAGCUUCUGAUGGAUACAUCAGUUCUGCAGUUUUAUCCUACAUUAUUUGUUCUUGCAACAGAUGUAAUGGACAUGCUUGGUGAUAUGGUAUGGAAACGCAUCAGGCAGAAAGCUGAAUGUGCUGAAGAUGGAACCUUUAUUGGCAAAUUACCAGAGAAUUUUAAAGCAAGUGAUAUUUGCUCUGAUGCUAAGGAAACUUGCAAUAAUUGGUUUUGCAAAGUUGGUUCUAUCCGCGAACUUGUUCCACGCAUAUAUUUGGAGUUGGCAAUAUUGCCUUGUUGGCGUUUUCUGCUUGAUCAACCUGCAGAUAAUAUCCAGAGACUGGUUAUGAUGACAAGAGGGUUAGCAGAUCCAUUGGCAUCUACCUACUGCCGUCUGUAUUUAGUCCACUGUGCACGGAAGUUGCCUGCAUCUGAUAAGGGAUACCUGGUUACAUGUGUUAAUGACAUCAAAAUCUUAUUGAUCCAUCUCUUAUCGGCAAAGGAAACCCCAAAUAUACAUUUUUCAGGCAAAAUAGGGUUGCUUGUCAGUCUGAUUGAACCAACCAUUGAAUAUAUCAUGAAAUUCAUAUUUGAGGAUGCAUCUCAGAGGCAAGCAUACUCUGUAUUUAUGGAGCUUGGACUUGGAAGGGAUCGAUCAAAUUUAUCUGAGAGUAUCCCAUGUGUCUCAGUUGUUCUUCACCAUCUGCUGAAGGAACUUCCGGCCGAAGUAAUCAGCUGCAAUUCUGUGGAUAUCCUCCACCUGAUUAAGUGCAGUAAUGACGAUUCUUUUGAUCAGUGCUUGAAUUAUAGGUUGCUUGGAUUUAGACUAGGUGAAAGCAGAUCUCAAUUGGACAUCGUCAUCUCAGUAGUGGAUGAAGUUAUUCAGGUUGUUACUCAAUACGUUAAACUGGAUGAAUACUUGAAGGUUGUGGAUGCGUACAUGGACAUUGUUCUUCAAAAUCAAAUGGAUAACUAUUUGAACACUCUUUUAGAGGGACUUUAUACCAGAGCAUGCAAUAAAGAGAUUGUCAAUGAUGAACAAAGAAUCUUGCAGUCCAUUUUGUUGAAGCUUCUUUAUCAUUUUAAGGACUUGGACAUCAUAUUUGCUCUGAAACAUUUUCUUGAGAUCUUGGAUGUAAUGUAUGGGAGUUCUCGAAGUGUCAUUAAUAUGCAGAUUCUCAAUAUGGCAACAAGGAAUGACCAUAUACGUGAUCCAACAACCAUACAGUUCCUUUUUGAAAUUUCUCAGUCUCUUCAUGAUGAUAUGGAUUUGGCAAAUAUGAAAGAUGAUGGCAAUCAACAGUCAGCACAUCUGAUUUCUCGUUUUAUUCAGAAGGUUGACUUUGGGGCAGAGAUGGAACGGCAUUUAACAUUUUUAGUUGAAUGCCGUGGAGCCUUUGGUAGCAUAAAUGAACUUACGGAAACUCUUGUUCACUUGAGCAAUUAUUUGGCAACUAAAGCUCUGAAAGAUAGAAAAACACUUCUCACUUUUGUCAAAUCUUGCAUAGCAUUUAGUGAGGUCACUAUACCUUCUAUUUCAUCUCAAGUGAGGCAGUUAAAUCUUUAUCUGGAGACUGCUGAGGUUGCCUUGUUAGGUGGGUUAGUUUCUCACUCGGAUGGGCUGAUUGUUUCUGCAGUAAGCUGUUUAGAAAAUGUGGAAUGCACAGAUGGGUCCCGGGCUCCAACUGAUGUGGAUGGCAUACUCUCCUCAAUUCGAAAAUUAUGUAGCCUUUUGGUUAUGGUUCCAGGUAAUUCUGACCAAGUUGUUACGAAAAUCCCCAGAAGCAUUCUCUCUCUCAUUCAUUCCAGAUCAUGUGUCAUUUUUUUUCAAAUAUUGCCAAGGAUGACACCAAGAAUCACAGCAAGGACAUUUUGUGCAAUCAUCCUUUUGUUGGCAACACUUUCUCAGAAUAAGCUCCCAUAUCAUCUGUGUCCUACAGAGGUACAGAAUCUGGGCAAUGACGUGUUAUUUUUUGGUGAUUCUUCCUAUUUACGUGAACUUGUUUCCUUAUCUGAGCAUGUCCUUCAGAAUCUUCUUAAUGCAAUAGAACAAGAGCCAUCCAAGGCUGUUCGUGGAAGCAUGGCACUUGAAGCAUGCAACUGCAUAGCAUUAUCUUUCAAAGCAAGUGAUGAUGUGUUGAAAGUUUGCUGGAAACUGAUUGAAGCAGCCCAGCUUUGUUUGAGCGCAAAUGACAAAUAUCUGCAGUCUACCAUCGAAUAUUUGGAUGAGCAGCUGUCUACUUCUCGAGCAACGCCAGCUGUGGUUAUCUGAUUUAUGGAUUUACGCAUCAGAUCAGUUGAGGUGUUAAAUGGGUAAAAUCUUAGGAAAUGUACAUUUGCAUUCAUUCAGUUCUCUAUCUUGCUCUUGACUGACAUCAACCAGAUAUUCAAAGUAAACUAGUUCUGCAACUCACAGGUAGCAAUAACAUGAUCUUUUAUUUUUUAGGGAGGUCAGGAUAAGCAUGUUCUACUUUAUAUCUUUGUAUUGGCCAUUUCUAUUUUUAUAGUGUAAAAUAUAGGCCGAAUUUCUCCCCCACUUGGUUGACUGUAUCUGAACUUCAAUUUGAGCUAUAUACCAUAGUUCAUAGGAUCUAAUACCACAGGUUUCGAGAUUAA